UGUUUGUGCGCUGAGCUGUGAGCUCUGCGUCUGUGUGUGCUAUGCUUACUCUUAGUGGCAAUCUGUUGGGCUUGAGUGGUGGAAUGAGAGAUUUGUGUGAUGUGUCGUUAGGUCGAAACGGUCGAGUCGGGUCGGGUCGUGUACCUUUUGCCACGAAUGUUUUGCCAGUCAGGCUCUAAAAGGCCUUACGAAAACAGCUGCGAUUUUGCUGCUCGCAUGACGUGCAUCAUUUUUUCCGAAUUUCUGAACAAAGUUAUUUUUUAUUUCCUCUUGCGUAGUUAUGCCAAGAAGGAGAUCUACUGAAAUUUUGCAAACGCGGAAACGCGUCAGCCAAGGAAACGCGUGUGAAAUAAAGCUUUGUUGCUCUAACAAGAAUUAUGAUAAAGUGAAAAAUAUUUCAUAUGAGUGUUUUGAAAAGAAAUUCAUUAUACAAAAAAUGAGUACUGGCUAAAGAGAAUAUACAAAGAAUUUUCGAAAAAAAAAAUCAAUUGAAAUAAAUGAAACAAAAUUAACAGUUCUGAGUGUUGCAUUUCUGACAAAUAAUCACUCCUGAAAAUAAGUAGAUAAAAAGAUUUUUGCCACGGUUCGUGUGCUGGAUAUACGCGCUGAAAUAUACGCUGUAUAUACGAAAAGAUUUGAGCUCGGUUUAACCAGCUAAACGGUCUCGUUCCGUGUAGUGUUGACGAGAUACCAGCAAAGUGCAUAAUUCAUUCCCCAAUUACGCCCCGCAAGCCGCCAAAAUGAUCACCCACAACUCACUGAGUGUAUAUGGUGGCGGCGUUAUGUGCGCUUCCCCGUCCACCGCGCCUGGCUUCUUCAAUCCACGUCCGCAAUCCGGCGCCGAGCUCUCCGCCUUCGAUCUUGGUCUGCCGCGGUCCAUGGCGUUGGGUGUACCACCGCCUUCCGCGUGGCAUGAUCCCAAUCUUGGCGGACACCUGCAUGCUUCCGCUGGACCCGGUUCGCUGCCCGGUACAGCAGGGGGCAGCUCAGUGGGUACUGGCGGCGGCACUACACCAUCCAGCAUUGCCAGUCAACAGUCGGCGGGUAUCAAGCAAGACCUUUCCGGUCUGGCGGGUACCGGCGGCCAGUCAAACACAUUGAACCAAAGCGGACAUCACACAAUCAAAGAGGAUCUCUCCAGCCUAACAGCAGCCUCUGCGGCGGCUAGUGCAGCGGCGCAUCAUGCAGCGGCAGUUCACCAUGCGACGGCGGCACAACAGAAUCAUGGACAGGAAUUGGGGGUUAUGAUCAAAGGCCAACAAUCAUCAUCAAGCUGUUUAGGUGGUGGCAGCGCGGGCGGCGGUGGUGGUGGUGGUGGUGGCGGCGGCGGCGGCAGUACUACGCCUAGUUCACAGGCUAACAGCCUCCAUUCACAGAGCAGUAAUAGCGACUCCAAACAAAAUAUGGACUGUAAGCAGAACAUCGAAUGUGUGGUUUGCGGCGACAAGAGCUCCGGCAAGCACUACGGACAGUUCACCUGCGAAGGCUGCAAGUCGUUCUUUAAGCGUUCGGUGCGGCGCAACUUAACCUACUCGUGUCGGGGGAGCAGAAAUUGCCCGAUCGAUCAACACCAUAGAAACCAAUGCCAAUAUUGCCGUUUAAGAAAGUGCCUGAAAAUGGGAAUGCGACGCGAAGCUGUUCAACGCGGUCGUGUGCCACCCACUCAGCCCGGUUUGGCGGGUAUGCAUGGUCAAUAUCAGCUCGCGAACGGCGACCCUAUGGGUGUUGCCGGUUUCAACGGUCACUCCUAUCUAAGUUCCUACAUUUCACUGCUCUUACGCGCCGAGCCCUACCCAACAUCCCGCUAUGGCCAAUGUAUGCAGCCGAACAAUAUCAUGGGUAUUGAUAAUAUCUGCGAGCUAGCCGCCCGCCUACUUUUCUCCGCUGUCGAGUGGGCCAAGAAUAUACCUUUCUUCCCUGAGCUACAAGUGACGGAUCAAGUGGCGUUGUUGCGUCUUGUUUGGUCCGAACUAUUCGUUUUGAAUGCGAGUCAAUGCUCAAUGCCACUGCAUGUGGCACCGUUAUUAGCAGCUGCCGGCCUGCAUGCAUCACCGAUGGCGGCGGAUCGUGUUGUUGCAUUCAUGGAUCACAUACGCAUCUUCCAGGAACAGGUGGAGAAACUGAAGGCGCUACACGUCGACUCAGCGGAAUAUUCCUGUCUUAAGGCGAUCGUGCUCUUCACCACCGAUGCAUGCGGCUUGUCUGACGUCACACAUAUCGAAUCGCUGCAGGAGAAAUCGCAGUGCGCGCUGGAGGAAUACUGUCGUACUCAGUACCCCAGUCAGCCAACGCGAUUUGGAAAGUUGCUCCUCCGCUUGCCCUCCUUGCGCACGGUUUCCUCGCAGGUCAUCGAGCAGCUGUUUUUUGUGCGUCUAGUCGGUAAAACCCCAAUUGAAACGCUCAUACGCGACAUGCUGCUGUCCGGCAAUAGUUUUUCCUGGCCUUACUUGCCAUCGAUGUGACACACAAUGUGGCGCCAAUUGACAACAACUUGAUCAUCCGCUGCCG